AUAUAUCAUAACAACACCUCUUCAAGAAAAAAUGUGCCUUCUCAUUUCUGCAUCCUCGUGUUUCAAAUUUAAUUUUCAAUUUCAUUUCAUGCUCGUUUAGUGAAGGUAUAAUAUUAAUAUUACUAUUCAUGAAUUUCGAAUGAAGAACCGUCGAUAAAAACAAUUACAACCAAAGUUUCCAUUCUAAAUCUACAUUCAGAGUGAAAUCAUUCAUUGCGGUAGUUCCUCUGAUUAGUUCUCUUCUCUUCGCAAGGUACUUGUCAACUCACACAACCUGGCAAAUUGAGUAUGGACAGCAGUAACGAUAACUCUGACCAAGUCGCAUCGAAACCCAGCCCUGAAGUUGAUACUUCGAAAGAAGAUAUGAUCAGCGACACUCUCAGUAUGGGAAAGAAUAACGACAAACCUGCCCAAUUCACACCAAAACCCAGCUCUAAAAUCGAAACCGAUGUCACUGAAAGUAAUACAGCCAUUGCUGUCGAUGAUGCCACGUGUAAACGUUCUCGUGAUGAUGAACAGUGCUCGCCAGCUUCAAAGCAGAGUAAAAAUUCAUCGGAUGAAGUGCCUUCAUCCGAAAAUCAUUUAAAUCGAUUGAAAUUUGCCUUCGACGAGUACAACGAUCCGAUGGAGAUUAUGGCUCAGAACGCUUGUACACGAAGCGAACCGUUAAAAGGACGCAUAUCGAAUAGCAGAGUUCCAGACCUGAUCGAAGAAUAUGAUGAUUUGAUACUAGAAGACAAAGAGCGUGAAAAGGAAGGAGUAGCUAGAAGAGAGGAUUGUUAUUUUCGAAACACUCAACCACUGGAAUAUAAGGAAAAAUACGAUUUUUUAAUAUUCGAAGACGAAGAGCGUAAAAAGGAAGAGCUAACUAGAAGAAGAGAAUUAGCUGGGGAGCAAUUGAUGAGGAGACUCGCGCUAGAGUAUGCGGAGAUUGAGGCGAGUGGAGGAAAUACUGAAGAGUUUCUGAAAACAGUAGCUAUUCGCUAGGUUCGAUGAAUGAUGACUUUCGCAUUCUAGAGUAAGAUAUAUUUUGUUUGUUGUUUCAAUGUAUGGCUUUGUUAAUUUGAUCGAAUAUUUAUACUUAUAUUUUUAAGCGCGUUGUAAAUUAUUUCUUUUAAAAAAUUUAUGUUCUUUCAGCGAAGAUGGCUUUGUUAGUUUAUGGAAACCUUAAUUUUGAAAAAUAGUCAAAUAUUUCUAUUCAUACAUGCCAAGUCUGUUGUAUAUUAUUCUUUCUAAAAAAUUACACUGAACUGUUUAUAAUUUGUA